AUGAAAAAUUGCACAGACGGAAAUAUCACUCUCUGUGAUGAUGGCAAUUGGUGGGACCUCACCUUCGACAAUAUCACAAAUUACACCACAACUGAGUACCAACAUGAUCCAGGAUUUACCCUCAGAUACGGCAUUUCCGCCACGAUUUUUCUCAGCCUGGCGUAUGGGAUUGUCUUCGUGCUGGGCGUUGUGGGCAAUGUGGCGGUAGUUGUGGUUGUCUUCAAGAGCACCAGCAUGAGAUCGGCCACCAAUCAAUUCAUUGCGAAUCUGGCGAUAGCGGAUCUACUUGUGAACUUCUUCUGCCUCCCAUUCACACUGGUUGGGAAUAUUUUUCAAGCAUGGAUUUUAGGUGUGUUCGUCUGUAAGAUUGUUUCCUAUCUACAAGGAGUCUCUGUGUCGGCCUCGGUGAACACUCUGAUGGCCAUUUCAUUGGAGAGAUGUGCUGCCAUUUCAUUCCCUCUCACUGGAACCAUGAACAGUCGACAGUACCGCAUCUCUGUGAUGCUCAUCUGGAUCAUUGCUCUGACAAUCAACAUGCCGCUGCUGUUCGUUUUUUCCACUGAGCCUUUGGGAAUCAAGGGAAGCGUAGCUGAGGUGUGUGUGGAGCUGUGGCCCUCGGAGGACGCGGAUAAUCUCUUCUUCGCAAUUGCCAAUCUCACUAUUUGCUACCUCGGCCCACUCACCGUCAUCUCAAUAUGCUACACCGUGAUAUGGCGAAGUGUGGCCAACCGAAGCAUUCCCGGCGAGAGACUCUGCAACCGACAAAUCUGUGUGGUCAACAGAUCAAAGGUCAAGGUCGUGAAAAUGGUCUUCGUGGUCAUUGUCACCUUCACUCUCUCCUGGUUGCCACUCUAUGCCAUCUUUUGCUUCGUCAAAUUCUCCGGAGAUCUCCUCAAUGAUAAGACAAGUGUGUCCUCUGGCCAAAUCUCUCAUUACGAUGUGUCUAACCUUGCGUAACAUUUUCCAGCUCAAGACAUUAUCCAUGUUCUCUUCCCCAUUGCUCAGUGGUUGGGAGCGGCUAAUUCCUGCAUUAAUCCCAUCUUAUAUGCCUUCAUGAACCGCAAGUUUCGUGUGGGAUUUAAGAGUCUCAUCGGGAGAACCAAUGGCAGCUCUCAUCUUUUUGAUCACAACGUGGGCUUUACUUUGAAGGAAUUCAGCAGCCGCGGCAGUCGCAGAUUCAGCUCUAGUGUUAAAACUCAGCAUGGAAUCAUCAAAGCGGACUCGUUUCGUGUGUCCUUUCCCAAUCACUCCACUCAUCUCACAGUGAUCCACGAUCAAUACCUCACGCCUAAUAAUUAG